CUCCAAUUGGGACAUUAUGUCACGACUCUGUUUUGACAGCGAAUAAUGUCAAGUUCAGCAUAACCUCCGCGGGCAGAUGUGAUCAAAUUUGCGGAUUAAAAUGUUUUUAACAAAAAUCACUCGUCCAGGCACACUUCGACUACUCCGUCGACCAGCUCAACUGGCUCAAUUUUCAAGCGAUGGACAGCCCCCGUCCGAUGAUGGUAAAUCCAGCGAAAAACCGAAGAAAGCAUCUGAAAAGGAACAAAAGCCAAAAGAGGGUAAGUCUGAAUCUGCAGCGGAUCGCCUGAAUCGUCUCCUGGCCAGUAUGAGCACCGAAGAACACCUGCCGCUUUCCAACCAGGUGAAAAUCCCGCAAGCAACCCCGAAGAAGCAUAAAAAAGCAUCGAAAACAAAACAUGACGAUGAAAAACCUGAAAAUAUUGUUGAAGCCGCCAAAAAAGUGGCUGAGCUUGUCGGGGACAAAACCAGGCAGACGGAGGCUGAGUUACUCUCGAAGCUUUUGAACCAAAAAGACGAUGGCAAGGCUCCGAAGGGAAAAGAUGGAGAAGGCGGCGAAUUGUCGCUGAGCGACCUUAUUGUCGGCAUGAAGGUGGACAGAUCGAAAAAACCCGCGCCGGCUCCCACUCGGGGUGAGUUCGUCCGCAAGGCGAUUGCAUCGCGACGAGACCAACAAACGCGAACAGAAGUCCGUCCCGAAACGCACCAACGACCCCGUCGUCCACGUCCAACCCAGCCGGUCCCCUCAGCCGGAACUGUAAACUUAUUCGGUGACCGUCUAGGGAUUUUCAAGAACCCAGAGUCACUCCGCGACAGCCCGGACAUCCUCGAAACAUGGGAUCAUCUCUACAAACGCGAGUUGAAGCUUGCGGUCGUCCAUCCGCCCGCGAACUAUUUCGAAAAAAUGAUUCUUUGGACGGAGCAGGGGAAGAUCUGGAAGUUCCCAAUCGAUAAUGAGCAAGGACUUGAUGAGGAGGCGAAAGUCGAUUUCACCGAGCAUAUUUUCCUGGAACAGCAUUUGGAGGGAUGGUGUCCGGAGCGGGGACCCGUGCGACAUUUUAUGGAGUUAGUCUGUGUGGGAUUGUCGAAGAAUCCUUAUAUAACGGCUCAGGAGAAGAAGGAACACAUAUUGUGGUAUCGUGACUAUUUUGAGUCGAAGAAGGAGCUCCUGAAGCAAGUCAUUGUGGAUCAGAAGGAGGCAGCGAAGGGCGGAACGAAGAGUUUAGAGAAUUGAUUUUUAGGUUUAGUGAAUUUUGAAUAAAAAGAGCGUUAGAACUGUU